UGGCGUGCAGAGGGAUUCUGGCUGGAAAGAGGGACGCUGGCGAACACGCCUUCUCUUAAGUUACAGGGGGAGACGAAGUGAUCGCAAACGCAUCAGGUAGUUGUGCAAGUAUAAUAACAAUUAUUACUUUAGUUUUUACAAUUUUUAAAGGCUCGUUCAAAAAAGCUGUUUCAAUCAGAUCCAGAUGUUGGCAGCUGUGCCGCGUUUGCGUGCGCGACUCGCCUUUUUCAUUGCGGUAAGCGUGACGAAUGCCUGCGACGAUUUAUAUGGCUUGGUGCUAGCAAUUAUGUUUAAUGAAAUUGAGUAUAUCCCGGCAAUAAGCGACUGCACGGAAGGUUUUUAACGUAGGCCGGAUUUAGUACCAGAACGAGCCUCGAUCUUGGUUUCACUGCCUUAACCCUCACACUUCAAGUAUAUCGCUACAAGUAUUCAGGCAGAUUUUGGCUGCUGAAAUACAUCAUCUCCUUAAAUCGGUCUGCAUUUUUGGAAAUUCUCGGCUAUACUAUGACUGUUUUUGGCGGUCACUAAUGCAAAACAGAAGACCAGCGUCCCAGCACGUAUUUGGCAGAGGUGAAUUAAAGACUGAGUGUGAAUUGGUUUGUAGAUUUGAGCAAGUUUAAUAGUUUGAGUAGCAUAUGAAAUAUAAGCGGUAGAUCAUCGCCUAAAUAGUUCUUUAUGAAAUCUUCGUUUUUAACAAUUUUCGUGAAUGGACGAAUAUAAACACAUGGACAUGUUUAACCAGAACUUGCUCACAGAUGUGCCACUGCUGUUUCAGAUGAGUACGUAUGAACUAUGUGGAGACUUUCCCAUCCUUUUUAAAUAUAAAAGUAAUGAACAGUAAUACUGAUACUAACCUGACACGUUUACCUGGAGCAGCCGUGUUCUACUUCAACAAGAUCUGAGGAAAUAAAAACACGACCAUCGGGGAGUUGCUGAAAUUGCCGACUGUCGGGCAUUUUAAAAGUGUUAACACUAUUUACUUGCACAGCAAAUGGCAUGAGAUCAGUAAUCUUUGCGAAUCAAGACGUACAUUUACAAAGAAUGUCAAGUAAGUGUAGGAAAGUCAUCUUGGGGAGGAGCCAGUCAGUGUAGAUGUAUGCAUCAGACAAAAAAAAACAAAACUGAACUCUGACCCACUGGUGUUUCCCAGGCUAAAAUCGGGCCUGCCAGUGGACAUCUGACGGAAGACUUCCCUUUAAGGGGACAAGCCCCGCCCCAAACACCACAGACAUGUCUGUUAACAUCAUCCAACACAGGCAAAAACCAAAAAGAAAAAAGUGAAUUUGAGGUGAAAAGGAUUUUUAAUGCUGGACACACAACCAUUCCGUAACAUAUCUGUCUCCAGGGAUUCUUUGAGUUAUGCUAGUGCAAUGAAUAUGAGCCGGACUUAAAAGUUCAGUAUGAAGCAAUCCUCACUGGAUAAAUCCACGUGAAAUUGCCUGUUUAACGUCGGGAGGUUUGGAAGUGCUGUGAGUAUUAAGGCAGGAGCCAGACUGACCUUUGAAUGAUGAGGAGGUUCCACCUGAAGGGGGAUGUGCUGUGCACCGUGAUCCUCCUGCUGCUCUGUCUGGUGCUGUAUUCCUGGUACGGCUUCCAGAACGUGCGGAACCCUUGGCCUCUAACAGAGAGGCUCACCAGCCCCCCAGCUGCCCUGACAGCCACGCAUGAGAGACGGACAUCGGUACGAGGUCCCAACAGGCUCACCGAUCGGGCCACCUGCCAAACCCAGUCCCGAGCACCGGCCUCAGUCCAGCCCAGGGUAAGCCCGAGGAAGGAGGAGCCCCCUACUGGUUUACCUGCAGCGACACACCCACCUUUCGACUUCCAGCAGUACCUGCGGAACAAAGACUGUCGGCACUUCAGGCUUUUGAUUGACCAGCCGGGGAAGUGCUCGGGGGGCCCGGGGGAGGCGCCCUUUCUGCUCAUCGCUGUCAAGUCAGUAGCGGCCGACUUCGAUAAGCGGCAGGUGGUGAGGCGUACCUGGGGCCAGGAGCGUGCCUUUCCAGGUGGGCUGCAGGUGCGGACGGUCUUCCUGCUCGGCGUGCCCCAGAACCAGACCCAACUCCCGAUGUGGGACCGGCUGCUGGCUUAUGAGAGCCAGUCGUUUGGGGACAUUCUGCUUUGGGAUUUCGAGGACACCUUCUUCAACCUUACCCUGAAGGAGACACACUUCCUCCAGUGGGUGGACCGCCGCUGCCCGGGUGUCCGGUUCAUCUUCAAAGGCGAUGCCGAUGUCUACGUCAACGUGGAGAACAUCCUGGAGAUGCUGCAGGGGCAGGAGUCCAGCAAGGACCUCUUCAUUGGCGACAUCAUCGUGCACGCCCGACCAAUCCGCAGGAAAGCCAGCAAGUACUUCAUCCCCGAGCUCAUGUACGGCCUGGGCAUCUAUCCGUCGUAUGCUGGGGGCGGCGGCUUUGUCAUGUCGGGUUUCACAGCGCGCCGGCUCCACCUGGCCUGCCAGCAGGUGGAGCUGUUUCCCAUCGACGAUGUUUUCCUGGGCAUGUGCUUGCGGCGGCUCGGCCUCCGGCCCGUCCGGCACGACGGCUUCCGGACUUUCGGCAUCAUGCGGCCAUCGGCGGCCCCCCACCUGCAGAUCUUUGAUCCCUGCUUCUAUAGAGAGCUGAUGGUGGUCCACAGCCUGACUGUUCCUCAGAUCUGGCUCAUGUGGAGGCUCCUGCACGACCCCCGGCUGCUGUGCCACACGCGGCCAUCGCAGCCCGCAAGGCCCUUCAGGUGGAGGGGGGGACCCCAGGCGAUGGGCACCCCCUCUGACCAAGACUACUCAUCCCAGGCGUUCGUGAGACACUGAAGACGUCAGUCCACCACAGACCAACCCAAACAGCAUACAGCAUGUCAUUAUCCUUGAGCUUGGCAGUUACAAAUCACCACAUGGCAGUGCAAAUUCUGAGACUACCUGUGUAACAAGGACUACCUUAAAAUAAGUGUUUAUAAAGCUGUACCACUGGCAGUGCGAAUGGGCCGUGGCCCCCGCCAGCAUGCAGUGCAGGCUUAACAGACACCCACGUUGACGCCGCAUCUUUACAUUUUAAAUCGCGCAACGCUGUAAACAAUAAAUCACGAGUGACCACAGUCUGCUGA